AUGCGUGACGACGAGACGACCCAAACGGGUGGUGGCAAAGUGUUCAAUCCGGAAGCAUACUGUGAUAUUUGUCAGAAGGAAUUCUGCAACAAAUACUAUCUGGCCACUCAUCGUGCUGCAAAACACGGACAUACCACAACCAAUAGCACCAACCUUAUGCUUUCCUCUCAAUCGGGUGUGGAUUUGUCAGCCUUAGGCCGUGGCGCCGAUUCGACACAAAACAUGGAUAUACAGCAGCUGAUGAUGGGGCUAGAUCAGUCUGCGUUGUCCGGAAACAAUGCGCUUCGUAGUCUCUACCUCAGCCAAAUGGGAAUGGGCGGUGGAAGCCCAUCACCGUCGAGUUUACCUUCGUCGGGGUCGGCGUCUGUUACGGGAGCAACUCAGGAUGCUGGGCCGGAACCGUCUCCGAAGGCGGUUACACCCACCUCACAAGCGGACAAUACCUCAGGUCUACCAAGCUGGUUUUCGGGACUUCUACCACCGCAGCUGCAACAGCAAGGAAUACCGAACAACAUGAAUGCACUUCUCGAGCAGAUGCAAGCAAUGCAGAAUCUUCAGCUUCUGGGCGGCAACCUUGGCGGGAAUAUGGGCGCCAUAGCUGCAGCUCUAGCGCAAAAUCCGGGUACAGCCGCAAAUUUCCUAACGAAUACUCCGAACAAGCUGCGUCCACAAAAGAAGCACUCUAUCGUUGAAGGAUCCCCGCUGAAUAACGUACCAAGUAGCCCGCAACACGCAGUUAACAUGCAGUUGGGAGGCGCUUUUCCUUUCUCCCUAAUCCCGUCAACCUCCACUGCUUCUCAGGCAUCUGUGAUCAUGAACACCUCAGAAUCUCGUGAUGAUGUUACUCCGCCAGCUGGAAAAAGAAUAAAAACGGAUGAAGAUGAGGAGAAAAUGGAAAGAGCAAAAGAAGUCGCCUCAUCACCGACAACGUUUAGAUGUGGUGAUUGUGACAAAGUGUUUAAAAGUGCGGAAUUUUUGGAACAUCAUAAAUUGAUGCAGCAUAGCGGAUUCUCGCAACAAUUGCUUUCUGGUCUAUUGCCGCAAGGCUUUCCAACGUUACCGUUCAUGCUACCUGGCGGCAUGCCACAACAGUUUCAAAUUCCCGACAUGGAUUCGUUGACCGCGCUGAAUACGCCAAAACAACCUACAACCGUUAAACGUCAAUACUCGUCUAACGGCAAAAACUACUGUGAUUUGUGCAACAAGGAGGUUUGCAACAAGUACUUCCUACGCACACAUAUGCUUAAAAUGCAUGGCAUUGUGAUUGAUGAGAAUAAAACGGUGAUUGCUAACAUUGAUACGUUAGAGAAGGAAAGAAUGGGCACACUAUCGUUCAGAUGUGAUAUCUGCCAUACGGAGCACAAGUCACGACAUUUGUUGAGGCAACACAAACAAGAUGUGCACGGCGUCGUGCCAUUGUCAACACCGCAGAACCGAAUUCUAGAACCUAAUGCUGUGUCUGGCUUGUCACCUGCUGUCGGAGGUGGUGCAAUUGCGGAGGAGAAGCUCGAAAAAUGCCCAUUAUGUGAACGGCGUGUUCCAGCUGCAAGUCUGACAGCACAUAUCCAGAAUGAACAUACUGGAAGUGGCGGCAUGUCAGUAACCCAAACGCCUGCCUCUCCAUCAUUGGAGUGUAAGUUCUGUCCAUCGACCUUCAAGGAUCAAAUGGAGCUACACCUGCAUCAAAUCAAUCAGCAUACAGUAGAAUUGCUCCAGCAGACACAGCAAAUGGAUGUUAAAAAACAGUCCACUGAUACGAAUGCGUCAAUUUUGCGGUGCAUGCGAUGCCAGUACACCACUCGUGAUCCACGAAAUCUGGAGAUGCACGUGGAACGCCAUGAACGUAUGAAUGAGGCGACACGAGAGGCAAAUGCUGAAUUAACCUCCGAUGCUGCGCUUCGGGCCACCACAGAAGCAGCGCUAAAGAUGAUGGUCGCAAACCAGUUGGAGAAUGAUAGCGUGAAGUGUUCCUUGUGUGACGUCAGAUGUCCGGAUGAAGCAACCUUAGAAGCACAUUCAGCUGUUGCUCAUAAUGGCCUAAAUCUAACUGUAAGGAAAGAGAAGAAGGAUGAGAAUGAUGUAGAGACGGAUAAGAUUGCCAAUGAACGGAAUAGUCACACGAGCGGAUCGAUGUCACCAUCAGGAGAGUCGUUGCCAGAAGGUUUCGGCAAACCAGACAAAUCGUUUGAGGUUUACGAAAGCGUAGCUGGUCUAUACAGUGAGUUGAGGAGGCUAGCAGAUGUUAGCGGAUUAAAAGCUUCCAUCGAUGGUACAGAUACAGCGGAACCUCUUACCGACUGCGCUACCGCAAGCUAUAGCUAUCGCAGGAGUACGAAGCGCCGUUUCGUCGUCUCCUUCGUCGACUUGAAGAAGGCCUUCGAGUUAGUCAAAAGCAGUGGUCGUGGAAGCUCUGGACAACCACAGCGUCCCUACCCAGUACAUAAAGGGUCGGGAGAUGAACAGGAAGAACGACGUGACCCUGAGCAGGGCAGGAGGAGACGAGCGACUUGGGGAGCUUAUAAGAGCGUCGAGGAUGUAGUGAAAAGGACUGGGAACACCCGACUACGUACUCACCUCUUCAACUCUUCCUGCUGUGUGCUUCAGAAACAUGAGCACUUCGCAAGCAAGAAGAAAAUGAGGGAAAAAAAUAAGAUGGGACACGUGAUGCGAUUUAACGACAACCUUGUACAAGAGCAGUGGGUGACUGGGUUCCACGGGAUAAAAGGCACUACAGGAAGACCGCCGAACCGAUGGUCAGACGUCCUCAGGAAGUCCUUCGAAGAAAAGCUUUACCUUCUCUGUGUUCCACGCGAAAGGAGGAACUACUUUGCGGCUCUGACACGCGAUCGGAACAAAUGGAAAAAUUACUGGCGCCCGUUCGAGCAGUUCGAAAAACAACGGGAGUCAAGGUAA